UUACUCGUUUCUAUCUUUAUUAAAUACUAUAUUUAUUGAUUUACGCGUCGCUGGAUUUGUAAUUAUCAUCAUUGGUCGUUUUGUUUCGAGAGGUUUCUUCUCCUUUGGUCAAGUCUUCAAGCUAAUCCAAUCUUGAUGGUGAGUAGUUGCGAGCUUUGCUGCGAGAUCGUGAUCGCGAUCCUUCUUCCUCCCGUCGGAGUUUGUCUCAGGCAUGGCUGUUGCACUGUUGAGUUCUUCAUUUGUUUGGUUCUCACUUGUUUGGGAUACCUCCCUGGAAUAAUCUACGCUAUCUACGCCAUCUUGUUCUUGAACCGAGAUGAGUACUUCGAUGAAUACAGACGCCCAAUCUACUACGUUGCUUGAUCAUUGUUCUUGCAUGGAAACAUGUAACAUAUUCGUUACAAUGUGAUCUCUGUAUCUUUUAAUUACCAUUGGACGUUGUGUUUUGCUAUAAAUAUAAUCAUUUAAGACAGAGAACCAGGAACAUGUUUCUUGAAGGCGUUUUCUUAUGACCCA